AUGCUACCUCCCGUCCCCUCGCUAGCAGCCUACGGCAUCUCACCCGACCAUGGCUUUCUCUCGCCAGAGCCACCCUUGGAGACCUUGCCGGAUCUUUACUAUGCCAAGUGGGAGGCGGUUGUCGCAAAUCUGCAGCCAUUAUUGCUGAGCAAGCGCAUUCGACAGAUCAUUGAUCGACUGCCUAUCCUCUCUACAGAGCAUUUGCAUACAGAUGCCGAGUGGCGUCGAGCUUAUGUCGUCCUGGUGUUUAUGCUCCAUAGCUAUGUCUGGGGUGGAGAACGACCAGCCGAGCUGAUCCCACCACAAUUAACGGUCCCAUUGUUCGAAGUCUGUGAGCGAUUAGAAGUGCCCCCGGUUGCAACCUAUGCCGGAGUCUGCCUCUGGAACUACAAGCCGGUCUUCCCGGACGAGCCCGCUGAUAACCUGAGCAAUUUGGCCUGCCUGCAAACAUUUACCGGCUCACUGGAUGAGCAAUGGUUCUACUUGGUCUCCGUAGCCAUCGAGGCUCGGGGUGCCCCAUCAAUCCCUCUGAUGCUGCAAGCUAUCACUGCAGCCAGAGUGGGCAAGACUCGCGUGGUGACAGAAUGUCUACAGCGAUUGGCAGAAAUUCUGGAUGAGAUCACCUCGCUGCUCCAGCGGUUAUACGAAAACUGCGACCCAUAUGUCUUUUACAAUCGCAUUCGACCCUACCUGGCUGGCAGCAAGAACAUGGGCGAUGCCGGGCUACCACGGGGCCUGCUUUACGACGAUGGCCGCAACCCACCCCAGUACCGCCAAUACGGCGGUGGUAGCAACGCCCAAAGUUCACUCAUCCAGUUCUUCGACAUCGUGCUUGGCGUCGAGCAUCGGCCGACUGGGGUGACUCGUCAGGACCAGGGUACAGCCCCAUCGACCGAAGACGCUCCCAAGUCUCGUCAUGGAUUCAUUCACGAGAUGCGCGCGUAUAUGCCGGGUCCUCAUCGGCGAUUCCUAGAGGACAUCGAUUCCAUUGCCAACAUCCGCUCCUUUGUCGAAGCGCGACGCAGCGAUCCUGCGUUGCGACUCGCUUAUGAUGCCUGCCUCGCCAUGCUGCGCAAUAUGCGCGACAAGCACAUUCAAAUUGUGUCCCGCUAUAUUAUCGUUCAAUCUCGUGGUGCCCGUCGAGCAUCGCAGUCUGGCCAAGCACCACCAGCUAUGAACCUUGCCACUGUUGUUCCCACCGACAGCAAGAAACUACGUGGAACGGGUGGUACUGCACUUAUCCCGUUCCUCAAGCAGGCUCGAGACGAGACUGGCGAGCCUGCUAUUGAUGCUUGGGCUCGACGGCUACUCAGCAAUAGUCCGGGAGUUCUGGAUUCUGCUUCGCUAAGCAAGGUUGGUGAGCAGCCAGAUGGUCAUCUCGAAGUUGUUGGUCUUUGCGGGACAUGGACAGCGGAUGAUAGCGAAGGUGGAAUCUGCCAUUGGUGA